CUCUUCUACAGCUGUAUGACCUACAUCAUUAUUCUGUCCUGGGCUUUGCUCUACCUGGUGUUCUCCUUCAGCUCCCAGCUCCCGUGGUCCAGCUGCAACAACUACUGGAACACAGAGCACUGCGUAGACUUCUCAACAAGAAAUGACACCUUCACAUGGACCAACCAGACAAACACAACCUCUGCUGCCACAGAGUUCUGGGAGCAUCGGGUGCUGUCCAUCUCACGAGGGAUUGAGGAAAUAGGCAGCAUCAGGUGGGAGUUGCUGUUGUGCCUUAUCACUAUGUGGGUUAUCUGCUACUUUUGUAUCUGGAAAGGGGUCAAGUCUACAGGAAAGGUGGUGUAUUUCACUGCUACCUUCCCCUAUGGGAUGUUGUUAAUUCUUUUGAUUCGUGGACUCUCUCUUCCUGGGGCUCUACAAGGAGUGGUGUUUUAUCUUCUGCCCGAACCCUCACGACUCACAGACCCUCAGGUGUGGAUGGAGGCUGGGGCUCAGAUCUUCUUCUCUUACAGCAUAGGUGUGGGUUCCUUAAUUGUACUCGGCAGCUACAACCCUUACAACAACAACUGCUAUAAAGACUGCCUGUGGCUGUGUUUACUGAAUAGUGGCACCAGUGUGGUAGCUGGAUUUGCUGUCUUCUCUGUGCUGGGAUUUAUGGCUCAUGAGCAAGGCGUUCCCAUUGCAGAAGUGGCUGAAUCAGGUCCAGGCCUGGCGUUUAUUGCAUACCCUCAGGCUGUGGCCAUGAUGCCCCUGCCUCAACUGUGGUCCAUCUGUUUCUUUAUCAUGCUCAUUCUCUUGGGCCUGGACACACAAUUUGUCGCAAUGGAAGUAGUGAUGACAUCCGUCAUCGACAUGUUUCCCACAGUGAUGCGCCGGGCAGGCAGGCGGGAGCGUUUCCUCCUCCUCUUCUGCCUCAUAUGCUUCUUCUCGCAGCUUGUCAUGGUCACUGAGGGAGGGAUGUAUGUGUUCCAGCUGCUUGACUACUAUGCCUGUAAUGGUGCCUGCAUCCUCUUUCUCUGCGUGUUUGAAUCUCUGGCACUGGGAUGGCUUUUUGGAGCAGACCAGCUAUAUGGCAUCAUAAAGGACAUGACAGGUGUGCAUGCCAACUCAUUCUUUAAAAUCUGCUGGCGCUACCUCACUCCACUGGUGUCACUGGGUACUUUUAUAUGUUCUCUUGUGGAGUACCAGCCUCUUACCUUUAAUCGUUGGUAUGUGUACCCAGCCUGGGCAUAUGUGUUGGGCUGGAUGCUGGCCUUCUCCUCAAUCCUGCUGGUACCAGGAUGGGCACUUUAUAAGCUGAGCACUGGAACUGGCACCCUCAGUCAGAUUAAAAUUGUCAGUAAAACCAGUGUUGUGCACCCUGCAGUGAAGUUAGAGCCAGGAAUGGAGCGGAAGGAGUGUGGUGAAGAGCCCCACUCCAUGCCCCAGAGUGAGAAUAGGACCAACAUUUUUCCCAUUGAUUUCAGGGAGCUUAGAAAGUCUGAUGAAGUUAGUGAACUUCAUAUUGUUGCCAAGGAGUAUCAUUAG